UGAAAUUUAGUACAGAAUUAUUUUGUGUUAUGGGGAUAACAAAACGACAUGAAUGUAUCCUCAAAACGACAUUUAGAAAAAAAAAUAAAAAAAAUCUUGCCUCCUCUUUCCAAUUUAGGCAAGGGAACCCAUCACCCUCGCUUCUCCUCUCUAUAUCCCCUUGCUAAUUCUGGAACUGCACCCUUUUGUUUUUCUCCCCAAUUCCCCAAAAAAACCCUUUUCACAAACACCAAAUUACCCGAAACCCUAGGCAUUCAUUUGCAUUACACAACACAAUCAUCAUUUGAGGCUUUGAUCGAAGCAGAAGAAUUUUGCCAUUUUGCCCCCGCCGCCGGAAAAAUGGCGUCAAUGAAGCUGAUGUCAUCAUCGGCGUCGCGGAAUUCCGAUCGAAGGAAAUCGUCUGCUGCGUCGUCGUCUUCGUCGUCGACAAUUCCGAAUGAUAUGCAGAAUCAGCAGUACUCGAAUAACGGGAGUAACAACAGUAGUAAUUUGGAGGCGACUUCGAUGACGGUUGAUGGAAUUUUCCCUAAUGCGUAUGUAGAGAGUCAGGGGAUUACGUUACUCGAUGCUGCCGGAGCGAUAACUGCGAUCAGUGAUUCCGAGACAGUGCCAGUGACGGCUCCGGUUAGGAGGACGGUGGAUGAUGUGUGGAGGGAGAUUGUGGAAGGGAAGAGGGAACAGCGAAGGGCAGCAAUUGCGGGCUGUAAGGAAGAGGCAGUGGAUGAAAUCAUGACGCUGGAGGAUUUUUUAGUGAAAGCCGGAGCGGUUGAGGAGGAGUCAGUGGCUAUGCAGGGACCAGUGCAAGGUGAGGUGAAGGUUGAACUAGGAACUGAGAGGUUGAGCGGUGGUAUUUUCGCGUAUGAUGCUCCAUACAUGGCAACACCGCAGCAGAGUGUGCAAGGAUUUGGUAAUGGAAUGGAGGUGAUAGGAGGCGGGAGAGGGAAGAGGAAGGCGAUUUUGGAACCUUUAGAUAAGGCGGCUCUGCAGAGGCAACGGAGGAUGAUUAAGAAUAGAGAGUCAGCCGCCCGGUCUAGAGAGCGGAAACAGGCUUAUCAAGUGGAACUUGAGUCAAUAGCAAUUAGAUUAGAGGAGGAGAAUGAACAGCUGUUGAAAGAGAAGGACUUUGAUUUGAUUCAGAGAAUGAAGACUCAAUGAUAAUUCAAUUGGUUAGGGGAACAAGGAGAAUAGUUGAAGAGGGUGAAGUCUUCGUUAUGUGAACUUGAUGAAAAUCAAUCUUCAUGACUUUUGGUAAAAAAGGAUGAGCACUUUAUUAUGAACACAUUCCUUAGUAGAAGAAACUUGAGAGUCAGAUUCUCCAGUAGUGCUGCAGGUGCAGGAUGCUACUUCUAAGAGGCAGAUUGUAGUGAUAUAUUGUUUCAUUUAUUCCGAAGAUUUUAGUUCAAUGUAUUAACUUGCUGAUGGAGUAUAUCCCAACAUCUUGAUUUGCAUGUGUAUUAAUCAUUUACAAGUACUUGUCGUGGCAAAUUGUUGGAUCCAGUCCUCCAAGGGAAUUGAGUAUUAUUAUUUUCAAAAAAGAUAAAAAUAAAUCAUAAUCUUUGUCUUGUGUUCACGAUGGCUGUAUGUCAUAGUAAAAACACACUUUUAUUUUAGGAUCUUCAAAAUAAACAUGCAAGUCGUAUGAAAUGGUGGCAAAGGUAAUGUCAUAGUUAGUAACGAGGGUCGUUCAUGGAUUAGUUAUGCAGAGGGACUACAUUACAAGGAUUGUAAUGCAACAAUCAAUAGGUAGAGAUUGUUAUGGGUUGAAUAAUCCAGGGAUUUUCCUCCAUUAAGUAAUAAUACCAUUGUACUGGGAUUGUCUAAUUUAAGACAUUUUUGUCUUUAGAUACUUCUUAUCUAGAAGUUGGUACAAACUCUUGUUCUACAUUCUACUCACAUAUAUAAGUUAUGGCAAUAUUAGUUAUACAAUAUUUAAUGCUGGAAACCAAUUUAUGCUAUGCACGGUUUACCAUAAAUCAAAUGUUGUAUUAUACUAUACUUUCUUUGGAUGGUUGUUACAUAUGUUUCAUAAUGUAUCAUAUUGUAUUGUAUUGUAUUGUAUUGUAUUGUGUUGUGUUGUGUUGUACUGUAUUGUUCUAAUGAAACGACGUUUGGAUAGAUUUUAUCAUUUUCCGUCGCUACAUAAUGUCACACAUCAACAAUUUGAAGGAUGAACCUACAAGAGAAGUAGGGGAUGGGGUAGGGCUACUAUAAAAGGGUAGGGUAAAUGAUAAAGUAGGAUUAUUAAAUACUAAGUAAAGACAAAAUGAAAAAAAAAAAGGUAACGACGUGAUAACACCAAAUCGGUCGUUACACAAAAUGAGACUUUUCAUCGUUAGCUAAUGAUGAAUUUAACGACACAAUAGAAUAAAAUUUAAGUAACAAUUAAGACAAGCAUUGUAUUUCAGCUAACAACACAAUACCAACCAUCCAAACAAGCUUAGUUAUUCAGAGAUUACCUUAGUAAUGCAAACUUUUAUGUUGCAAAUGAAAUAUUGUACUAUAAAUCAUAUUUAAUUCUAUGCGGGAAUUAUUUUUCCUUUUGCAGCCCACUGAAAAAUCCCUUACUUGAUUACAAGUGUUUCCAUUGGCAUAGCAAAGGACCAGUAUAUGCAAAUGGAAUAAUAGUUUUGACUGUAAAAAUACUUCGGGAAAUCUUGAUGUAUUGGUGAUCUUGAAGUGGAAGUUCAAUGAUGCUCUUCUUUUCUUCUUGGACUGUCUAAAAAACUAUUUGCUUAUUAUUUUUUCGGAUAGCUAGCCUUCUGUAAAAUGGUAGGCGCAUCAAUACCUCCUAUUCUGUUGCUAAUAGCUGAAAGCACAUAAUAUCAUACUGUUUGUCAUAUGGUGAGCUGUCUCAUGGAAAUCAAAGUUGCUAUAUUUAGAUUUUUUUUCUCUAAAUCAUCAUUUGACUAGAUAGACGUAAUGAGUGAUUUCCUUGUUAACAAGGGCAGGUUUACCUUUGGUCAAGCAGUGUCACGUGACAUUGCUUCAUCGGAUUUUUUUUUUUUAAUAUGUACAUAUAAUUAAAAGCCAAAACCCUUCUCAAAAAAAUUUAAAAUCCAAAACAAAAAUAGAGGAUAAAUUGAGUAAAAUGACACCGCUUGACACAAAGAGCUACGCAGCUCAUUUGGUCAAGCGCCUUAGUUUUCAAGAAAAGGUAUCACGAGUUCUAAUCUCGGUGGCCUCAUUUAGUGUUUUAAAGUUUUUGCGCUUCAAUCUACAAAGCAAUGCACGUCCAGGUUCGAACAUCUGACCUCUUGGUAGUUAACAAAAUGUUGAACCAAUUACUCUAGAGUCGUAUCAGGAAACUGUAAACGUAUUUGACAGAUUGAGGAGGAUGUUGUUUCUUCCCUGAUUUGUUGUUGUCCAAUGUUUGUUCUCUUUUCUUCUUUCCUUUCAUCUUCUUUUCUCGCCAAUGAUAUUGAUUAAGAACGAUUUGUGGAAUUGAAUGAAUAAUGAAUUAUUUAGGAAUUAUUUAGUUAUUGUUUGGUGCCCUAUAUAAAAGUGUUUGGUGUUAUUUUUGAUGAGGUUAUUAAUCAAGCAUACAUUUAGAAACAAAA